AUGGCGGAGCCGCAGGGCGGCGGCGAGCGGGUGACCAUCAACGUGGCGGGGCUGCGGUUCGAGACGCAGCUGCGGACGCUGCGCCGCUUCCCCGACACCCUCCUGGGCGACCCGCGGCGCCGGCGGCCCUUCUUCGACGCCCGCCGCCGCGAGUACUUCUUCGACCGCCACCGGCCCUGCUUCGACGCCGUCCUCUACUACUACCAGUCCGGGGGGCGGCUGCGGCGGCCCUCCAACGUCCCCCUCGACGUCUUCCUGGAGGAGCUGCACUUCUACCAGCUGGGCGAGGAGGCGGUGGGGCGGCUGCGCGAGGCCGAAGGCUUCCUGCCCGAGGAGGAGCGGCCGCUGCCCCGGCACCGGUUCCUGCGCCAGGUGUGGCUGCUCUUCGAGUACCCCGACAGCUCGCAGGCCGCCCGGGCCUUGGCCCUGGUCUCCGUCCUCGUCAUCCUCGUCUCCAUCGUCAUCUUCUGCCUGGAGACGCUGCCCGAGUUCCGGGACGAGCAGGACCCCUCGCUGCCCGUGAGCGCGCCCGCCGGCACCGCCUCCUUCUCCUCCUCCUCCUCCUCCUCCUUGUCCUCCUCGUCCUCCGGCCCCUUCUUCGCGGCGGAGACGCUGUGCGUGGGCUGGUUCUCGGUGGAGCUGCUGGCGCGCCUGGCCGCCAGCCCCAGCAAGGCGGCCUUCUUCCGCGACGCCCUCAACCUGGUGGACGCGGCGGCCAUCGCGCCCUACUUCGUGGCGCUGGGGGCGGCGGCGGGCGGCGGGGGGCUGGCGGCGCUGCGGGCCGCCCGCCUGGUGCGGGUCUUCCGCGUGCUGAAGCUGUCGCGGCACUCGCGGGGGCUGCGGGUGCUGGGCCGGGCGCUGGGCGCCAGCCGCCGGGAACUGGCCCUGCUGGUCUUCUCGCUGCUGGUGGGCGUGGUGCUCUUCGCCAGCGCCGUCUUCUUCGCCGAGGCGGCGGCGCCCGGCGGCCCCUUCGCCUCCAUCCCCGCCGCGUUCUGGUGGGCCGUCGUCACCAUGACCACGGUGGGCUACGGCGACAUGGCGCCGGUGACGGCCGCCGGGCGCCUGGUGGGGGCCCUCUGCGCCCUGGCCGGGGUGCUCACCCUCGCCCUGCCCGUGCCCGUCAUCGCCGCCAACUUCAGCCGCUUCUACCGCCGCGACCUGGCGCCGGCGCCCGCGUCGCCCGGCCACCCGCGCAAGGGCGACGGCGCCGCGAUGCUCGACAACGCAGCGGCGGGCGACGACGCGACGGCGGUCGAUGACGCGACGGUGGUCGAUGACGCAACGGCGGUCAACGACGCAACAGUGGUCAACGACACGAUGGCGGUUGAUGACGCAACGGUGGUCAACAACGCAACGGUGGUCAACGACGCAACGGUGGUCAACGAUGCGAUGGCGGUCAACGACACGACAGUGGUCAAUGACGCAACGGCGGUCAACAAUGCAACAGUGGUUGAUGGUGCAGCAGCGGUUGAUGGUGCAAGGAUGGUUGGCGGUGCAACAGUCGGCGGCGCAAUGAGGCUUCAUGAUGCAACGAUGCUCCGUGGCGCAGCGGUGGUUGACGGGGCAACAGUCGGCGGCGCAACGAGGCCUCAUGAUGCAACGAUGCUCCGUGGCGCAGCGGUGGUUGAUGGUGCAACGAUGGUUCAUGGUGCGAUGGCGGUUGAUGGUGCAAGGAUGGUCGACGGUGCAACAGUCGGCGGCGCAACGAGGCUUCACGAUGCAACGAUGCUCCGUGGCGCAGCGGUGGCCAACGGUGCGGCGGUUGGUGGUGCGAUGGCGGUUGAUGGCGCGACGGCGGUUGGCGGUGCGGCGGCGGUCCGCGGCACAGGGUGGCGGCGGGUGACGCAGGUGUGA